GACAGCCGCGGGCUGUCUGUGGCUCUGCCCGAAGGACCUCAGCGGCCGCCCAUGCCGAGCUGAGUCCGCGAAUCUCUGGCCGCUUCCCGUCGCCAUCAGCCACCGCCGUCGCCGCCUUUGCGGCCUGCCGCCUGCCGGAAUGCUGGAGGAAGCGGGCGAGGUGCUGGAGAACGUGCUAAAGGCGUCGUGCCUGCCGCUCGGCUUCAUCGUCUUCCUGCCCGCCGUGCUGCUGCUCGUGGCGCCGCCUCUGCCCGCCGCCGACGCCGCGCACGAGUUCACCGUGUACCGCAUGCAGCAGUACGACCUGCAGGGCCAGCCGUACGGUACACGGAAUGCAGUGCUCAACACGGAGGCACGCACAGUGGACGCAGACGUGCUGAGCCGCCGCUGUGUGCUUAUGCGGCUUCUGGACUUUUCCUAUGAGCACUACCAGAAGGCCUUGCGACAAUCAGCGGGCGCUGUGGUCAUCAUCCUCCCCCGGGCCAUGGCCGCUGUGCCCCAGGAUGUUGUCCGGCAAUUCAUGGAGAUUGAGCCCGAGAUGCUGGCCAUGGAGACCGUGGUCCCUGUGUAUUUUGCCGUGGAGGAUGAGGCCCUGCUGUCCAUCUAUGAGCAGACCCAGGCUGCCUCUGCCUCUCAGGGCUCUGCCUCCGCCGCUGAAGUGCUACUGCACACAGCCACGGCCAAUGGUUUCCAGAUGGUGACCAGCGGAGCCCAGAGCCAGGCAGUGAGCGACUGGCUGAUCACCAGCGUAGAGGGACGGCUGACAGGGCUGGGAGGUGAGGAUCUCCCCACCAUUGUCAUCGUGGCUCACUACGACGCCUUUGGCGUGGCCCCAUGGCUGUCGCUGGGCGCCGAUUCGAAUGGCAGUGGCAUCUCCGUGCUGCUGGAGCUGGCUCGUCUCUUCUCACGCCUCUACACAUACAAGCGCACACAUGCAGCGUACAACCUCCUCUUCUUCGCAUCAGGAGGAGGCAAGUUCAACUACCAGGGCACCAAGCGAUGGCUGGAGGACAGCCUGGACCACACAGACUCCAGCCUUCUGCAGGAUAAUGUAGCCUUCGUGCUCUGUCUGGACACCGUGGGCCGAGGCAGCCACCUGCGCCUGCACGUGUCUAAGCCACCUCGGGAGGGGACGCUACAGCACGCCUUCCUGCGUGAGCUGGAGACAGUGGCCACGCACCAGUUCCCUGAUGUCAGCUUCUCCAUGGUGCAUAAGAAGAUCAACCUGGCGGACGACGUGCUGGCUUGGGAGCAUGAGCGCUUUGCCAUCCGCAGGCUGCCCGCCUUCACGCUGUCGCACCUGGAGAGCCACCGUGCGGGGCCGCGCAGCAGCAUCAUGGACGUGCGGGCUCGGGUGGACUCCAAGACGCUAACGCGGAACACGCGGAUCAUUGCUGAGGCCCUGACACGGGUUAUCUACAACCUGACGGAGAAGGGGACUCCCCCGGACAUGCCAGUGUUCACGGAGCAGAUGGUCCAGCAGGAGCAGCUGGACUCAGUGAUGGACUGGCUCACCAACCAGCCGCGGGCUGCGCAGCUGCUGGACAAGGACGGGACGUUCCUGAGUACACUGGAGCACUUUCUGAGCCGCUACCUGAAGGACGUGCGGCAGCACCACGUGAAGGCUGACAAGCGGGACCCCGAGUUUGUCUUCUACGAUCAGCUUAAGCAGGUGAUGAAUGCCUACAGAGUCAAACCAGCCAUCUUUGACCUGCUGCUGGCUGUGUGCAUCGGGGCAUACCUUGGCAUGGCAUACACGGCUGUCCAGCACUUCCACGUGCUCUACAAGACUGUGCAGAGACUGCUGCUCAAAGCCAAGGCCCAGUGACGACAGCUGUGGACAGGCGGCCCAGGAGGGACUGAACCAGAGUUCACUAGGAUGCAGGGAUUUCUCCUUGAACUUCCUUGGUGGAGAACCCCGCCUACCUGCAGAUGAGCCCAAUGGAACAGAUGGCCCCCUGGGCCACAUGCACUGAAGGGCCACACGCUUGGCUGGGUCCCAGCAGCCUGCUCCCCGCCCCCUCCUGUGGCCCAUCAGAGGUGCCCAGGACCAGGCCACCUCUCCUGGCGCUGACUAGCACCCGCCUAUGGCUCCCUGUUGUUCCCAGCCUACCUUUCCCUCUGCCUGUUGCCACCUCAGCCACCCCUGGACCCACCUGGUUCUCCAGCUGGGCCUGAGCCACCCCAGUCCAGGUGCUGGGGACAGGGCAGGAGGUGGCCCCAGGUGGCAGCCUGCAGCCCUGAGGUCUCUCCACCUUCCCCCUUCCCCUUCAGUUUCCCUGCCUGUGAUGAAUUCUGGGGACCCAGCCCCUCUCACAGUGUGGGAUGAAACAGCCAGGCCCAGCACACCCUAGGUGUCCCUGCCAACAGGAGGGAGAGGGGAGGAGUCAGCGCUGGCAGUCGACCUCAGGGACUCCGUGGGCAAUCGAUUCGAUAGCAAUAUGACCCGGGAGGUGUCGGGCCGGGAGGGGCAGCUGGGGCCAGCGCCUGGCAUCCCUCCAGCACCUGUGGAGGCUUGGCCCACCCAGACCCUCUUCCUGGCAGCAGCAGUGGACCGCCACACUGGUGGCAUUCAUGUCAUAGGGCAAGAGGGGCCAGCCUGCCACCCUGGCCCUCGGCACUCUCGCCCCCGCCCCUUCCCCAUGGACUGCUGGGGUCCAUCCCUCUUCACUCUUGUCCCAGCGGCUGGUUACGGGUCUGAGGCCGGUGCCACCCCUCACUGGCAAAGAUACAAGGUGCAUGUGCCACCUCCCUCUGCUCAGGCAGGGCUGGGCUGGCGGCCGGCCUGCAGUUGGUGGGUUAGAAAAUAAAAGCCAUAUUGAAGGA